CCCUAGCAGAUCUUCCAUUCUCAUCAGUCAAAGGAAGGGCAGCUGGAAGCUUUAUAAUACAAGUGGUGAUGGAAGAAGCUAUUACUGGAAUAAGAAAAGUGCUUGUGAUCUGCCCAGAUUGCUGCCAGUAAGCUGUGAGUAGGAAAUGGGUGCCCUCGUGUACACUGUGGUGCUGUUCCAUAGCAAGCUGUUCAGGGCACACGAUCUGCAUUGCCAUCAUGCUUCAGUCAAUCAUUGCCGUGUCAGCAAAGCAGAUGAGGAACAGAGAACAGUAACGAUGUUAAAAAUGCCACUUCCUCUUCCCCUGUUUUUAUGAGGAUUGUAAUACUGUGCUUCAUAGUAAAUGUUGUUCCCUCGAUGUGAAAUGGCCCAGCUGGCAUCAUCUUAUUGCUUCCGUCUUCAGGUGACAUGAUUCAAGUUAAUAUUAAACUGCAGGCUUACGUGUUUGCUGGAAAUAGCCUUUUGGGUGUCUGCUGAUUGUCUUCGACUUGCUUUUAGUUCAAGAACCCAAUCUCGUGCUCCAAGUGUUUAACGCAAUCCCUCUGUUUUAUUUAGAUAAAGGUUGCCUUUUCAACAGCUGCUUUUAUCCCUUUUCCUUGUAUUGAUACUUAAUGUUACGUUACAUGUCUUUGCUCAGAAAUCUUAUCAGCAGUAUUCUGUACCUUCUUAGAAAGCAAGACUGAAAAUGAUGCCAGAAGUGCUUGUAUGUAGGAUUGGUAAUUUGUACCAUACGUUAUUAGACAGAACUGCUGGGAUUUUUCCCCUACUGGUAUUUUUGUCAUGAAACACUGUACUAAGUCUUAACUAAUGAAGGUUUUGCUGUCCCAUUUGCUGCAGGGAAUUGCUACAGGUGUGGGACUAAAACAGAGAUUGAGGAAGACCUUGUAGGUACCGAAUUUGAGUGCUCACCCCAAAGACCUAGAGAUUGGAAAGAUUUUGUUUUGUCAUUGAAAUAGGCUGUAGCAAUGGUGUGUCAUUAAUUUAGAAAUGAUCUUAGCAUCUAGAAGAUGAAUUGCAAAAGUGUUGAAUGCCCGUGGUUUAGUAGCUAGGGGCAGUGAACAGAUCAGCUGCUUAGCGCUACAUAUUCUGGAAAGUCAGGCUGUGACUGAGCUCUUGGCAGUCCUGCGUUUGCAAUCACUGGGUGAGCCUCUCACCCUGCUGUCUCAGAUGUACAGAGAUCACAGGUAAAGUACCACGUCAUUUGUUGUUCCACCGCAGGUUGCUUUAAAACCACUUGAGGACAAGGUGUGUGAGCACUGAUACACGCUGAGCUGCGGGGAGUGGUGUGAGAUGUGGGACUGCUGCUUUCCAUCCAGUGUGUGUGCUUAGAGACAGAGCGGGGAAAACUGUUACCUGAUGGUCUGGUUGUAGCUGAAGCUGCCAGUGCUUUUCACAGUUCAGAUAUGAGAAAUGAGUGUUGGACGCAGAAGAUUAAAGCUGCUGGGAAUUCUGAUGAUGGUAAACUUUUUUAUCUAUGUGAUUGUGGAAGUCUCAAAAAGUGGCAGCCAAGAGAAGAAUGCAGAAGGCCGUGUUAUUAUACCACAGGACAACUUUUGGAGAAAAUUUACUCCUCACAAAGCCUAUUGGAACAGGCAGCAACAGAAGCUUGAACUCCUGUACAACCCGAUUCUGAGUCUGCUUUCCAAUAUGACUGUAGAAGAGAACUUAAUUUUGAACUCAAGUGUUCUCAAUUCCUGUGACCCUGACCCGUGGGUCACUUCAGAGAUCAGCGACUUUGCGAGUUUGCCGGAAAGGUUCAAAGACUUCCUCCUCUAUUUGAGGUGUAGAAAUUACUCAUUAAUAAUGGAUCAGCCAAACAAGUGCAAACAUAAACCUUUUCUGCUGCUGGCUAUUAAGUCACUUAUACCACAUUUUGAUAGAAGGCAAGCAAUUAGGGAAUCCUGGGGCAAGGAAAUAAAAUCGGGAGAUAUAACGGUCAAAAGAGUCUUCUUACUUGGUCAGACCCCACCGGAGGAUCAUUUUCCCAACCUUACAGACAUGGUAAAAUUUGAGAGCGAAACUCACAAAGACAUUCUCCUCUGGAACUACAGAGACACUUUCUUCAAUUUAACUCUGAAAGAGGUACUGUUUCUGAAGUGGGUGAGCAGCAGUUGUACGGAUGUCCAGUUUAUUUUUAAGGGUGAUGACGAUGUAUUUGUGAAUACCCAUCAGAUCCUGGAUUACUUGAAGAGUUUAUCAAAGGACAAAGCCAAAGACUUAUUUGUAGGUGAUGUGAUCAAAGAUGCUGGACCUCAUAGAGAAAAAAAAUUGAAGUACUACAUCCCAGAAAGUGUUUAUGAAGGUUCGUAUCCUCCGUAUGCAGGAGGUGGUGGGUUUCUGUACUCUGGUGACCUGGCAUUGAGACUGAAUAAUGCAUCUGACCAGGUACUCCUGUAUCCUAUUGAUGAUGUUUAUACUGGAAUGUGCCUUCAGAAGCUUGGGCUUGCUCCGGAAAAACACAAAGGUUUCAAAACAUUUGAUAUUGAAGAGAAAUACAGAAAUAACAUAUGUUCCUACACAAAUUUAAUGUUAGUGCAUAGUAGAAAUCCUCAAGAAAUGAUUAAGAUUUGGACAAGCUUGCAAGAUCCACACUUAAAUUGCUAGAGCAAUGUGCAUAAAUCCUUUAUGUCCAAGUAGCUUUUCCAAGUUUGAAUCUGACUUUCUUGGUGAACCGUUGAAACUCUGUUUAAUUGUUCUUUUCAAAUUUUCUCAAGAAACUUUUUUCACGUACUUCUGAAAAGUGGCAGUAGUCAUACUGAGAGGAUGGCACAAAGACUUGGUCCUGUUUUUCCACUGUCCUGGUGGUCUUUAUGUUUCAAUAGCAGUCUAAACAUUAAAGAGGUCUGGAAGUAACUAGCUGUCAGCUACUGAUGCCUGCUGCAGAGCAUCUUUCAUUUAUUGUGAUGGUAACAGAUACGUUCUUUUUGCUUGAGUAGUGUUUGUGGAGACCAUUGUGUAAAUUUGAAACUCACAAAUUGGAGGAAUGCUGUUUUACUCUAUAAAACAUUUUUAUGAAACUUCAAUUAUUGAUAUAUUUUUUUAAUUUAUAAUUUCCAGCCUUUAUGCACCCUGGACAAGUAUUUUCUCCUUUACAUAUGUAGUCUUUUGUGCAAAGUGUGCCUGUGUCUGAAGGAUUUACCCUUUUAUUAGAUGUGUUGUUUGGUUUUGUUUUUUUUUUUUAAACAAAAAAAGACAUGGUUUCAGACACCCCAUGAAAGAUCUGAACGUGUAGGGGAAAGAAGGAACAAGUUCUGUUUGUGGCUGGUACAGUUCUGCUGCUGCCUACCCUGAGCUUACAUACAUGGUAAUGCUGACAUUGUUACUCACGGUAUCUCUGUGGAAGCUACUCUGGUCCAUCCUUGUUCUCUGCUUUCGCACUAAAAGUGAUCGGGUAGCUGAUUAACAAUAACCAAAAUUGCACAUUGCUUCUAAGAGCAUGGUUUGGAUCUCCUGUAAAGCGGAAGCAAGUGUAGGAUUGUGCAGUUCCUAACAGGUUUGAAUUUUGAAGUAAAAUUUGAAGUUGCAUGAUGUCUCAUGUAGAGUUAAACAUGUUCUCAAAUCUCAGAUUUUCUUCUGUAUUUCCACAUCUUGCUUAUGAGAGCUAUUCUAAGUAGUAUUGCUUCCUUUGUAUAUGUAGAAGUGCCUGUCUAUUUAUUGUUCAGAUGGAAGACCAAAACAUUUUCUUAAAUAUAUUUUGUGUAACAUUUUAUUUGUAUAGUGUUGUCACUCAGAUAUUUAAAUAGAGCAUGAUAUUUUAAACCUGUGAGAUGUGUAAUGUUAAAUAAAGCUAAUUGUUAUUUUUGAAUUUGAAAAAUAAAAUGUGAUUUAAAUA